GCACAAUUGGCAAGUAGCUUAGUUUAGUCGAAAGCUGAAGAGUGAGGUAUAUACAUCGCGUGAUAGUCGCUGUGCUAGUUAGUACGUUUUUUUUUGUUGCAUUUUUUGUGUUCAUGGCUGUAUACUAUCAAGCUACACAAAAACCAUAUCAGAACUCAAAAACAUGUUGACUAUCUGGAAUGCAUGAAAAUCGUCUGAAGGAAGGAAGGAAUAUAAUACUCAAAAACAUUGAGGGAUAUUGAAGCAAUGUGAUAUACGCGCGAAUCUGUAGACAUAACUGUUUAUUAUAUCAAAAAUCAUAAGUCAGGAUGGCUCUAUCCAUCUAUUUGUUAGCUGCUAUUACAGUUUUGGGAACGGUGUACGGUUUGGAAGGGCCAAACAUAUGUACCAGGCAAGAAACGUAUACGAUAACGGUGAGGAUAUCGGAGCAGAAACCUUAUACUGUACGAGAGAACACUUGGUGCUUAAGCUUUCCGCCAAGAUGCUCCAAAUAUAGGGUGGUAUUCAAGACGAUAUUCAAGGAACAGGAAAUAACAAAACAGAGACCAGUAGAAGAGUGUUGCAAAGGCUACACAAAGACCAAUGAUGACAAUCGUUGCAUUCCAAUCUGUUCCAAGGACUGUGUUCAUGGCACUUGCAUUGCACCAGACGUCUGCAAGUGUGAGUCAGGAUAUGGGGGUCCGUUAUGCGAUUAUAAGUGUCCAUCUGGAAAAUGGGGCAAAUCUUGCGAAAUGGAUUGCAUGUGCCAGAACGGAGCCACUUGUGACCCAUUCGACGGCAAAUGCUUGUGUAACAGAGGCUGGACCGGUAAAUACUGUAGCCAAGAAUGUCCUCCCGAUCGAUAUGGUCAAGAUUGUGGUGAAGAGUGCCGUUGCAGAAACGGUGGAAGCUGUCACCACAUUUCUGGCGAGUGCCAUUGUGCUCCUGGUUACACAGGACCCCUUUGCGACGAUUUGUGUCCGCCGGGAAAACACGGCGAUGAAUGCAAAUCAGAAUGCAAGUGUCAGAAUGGUGGUUCUUGCAAUCCUACAACCGGCGAAUGUUAUUGUACACCUGGAUGGACUGGUUCAGUCUGUGCGAACCGGUGUCCGGAAGGUUUCUGGGGUAAAAACUGUUCUCAAGAGUGUGAUUGUUACAAUGGUGCUGGAUGCCAUCAUAUCACUGGAGAAUGUGAAUGUAAACCCGGUUAUUAUGAUGAAAAGUGUUUAAAAAUUUGCACCGGAGGAACGUUCGGUUUAAAUUGUACAAGCAACUGUAGCUGCGAAAAUGGUGCAAUUUGUUCACCGAUUGAUGGAACUUGUACUUGCAGUCCCGGUUGGAUGGGUGAAAAAUGCAAUAAGCGUGUUUGUCAGAAUGAAUUCUGGGGACCCAACUGUACAAAAGUUUGCGAGUGUGAGAAUGACAAUACAGAAAUGUGUCAUCCGUGGACUGGAAAGUGUAUUUGUAAACCAGGAUGGGAUGGCGAUACUUGUACCAGACCUUGUCCGUUUUAUAUGUACGGGAAAGGCUGUCAAAAUCGUUGUAAUUGCAAGAACAACGCGCAGUGUUCACCCAUAAAUGGAACUUGCAUUUGUGCGCCAGGAUACAGAGGUGAGGACUGUAGUGAAAUAUGUCCUGACAACACUUAUGGCGAAAAUUGUGCACAAAAGUGUAUCUGCAAAAAUGGUGCCACUUGUUUACCCGAGAAUGGCCGAUGCAACUGUACAGCAGGAUGGGUUGGUGUUUCGUGUGAUCGUCCCUGCGACGACAAGUCUUUUGGCAAGGACUGCGAGGACAAAUGCAAAUGCUUUAACAAUGCUGCCUGCAAUCCACAAAAUGGCACAUGCACGUGUGCAGCUGGCUUCACCGGCGAAUUUUGCCAAGAUCAUUGUGAAAAAGGAUUUUUCGGGCUGGGAUGUACUCAGGUCUGCGAUUGUCACAAGGAAAAUAGUUUAGGCUGUGAUCCUGCCACGGGUCGUUGCAUCUGUAAGCCAGAAUGGCGAGGAAUCCGUUGUGAAACCAAGUGUCCAGAAGGCCUUUAUGGUGAUGACUGUCAUUCACAAUGUGAGUGUAUGAACAAUAGUUCAUGUGAUCCAGAAACAGGCACUUGCAUUUGUGCCAGAGGUUGGGAAGGAAUUGAUUGUUCUCAACCCUGUAAAGAAGGGUGGUAUGGCGUGCGUUGCAAGGAAAAGUGUCCAGAAAAAAUACAAGGAAACAUGACAUGUGAUCAUGUCUCUGGUGAAUAUGUUUGCCGACCUGGAUACUUAGGGUUAACAUGUGAGCAUCCUUGUCCACCUAAUCGUUAUGGAUUAAAUUGUGCUAGUCAUUGCCGCUGUAAAAACGGUGGCGAGUGUCAUCACGUUACAGGCGUGUGUCAAUGUCGACCUGGUUGGCAAGGCGAAUUCUGCCAAACACCCUGUCCAGACGGGACAUAUGGCAUGAACUGUAGUCAACAUUGUACAUGUCAGCACGGAGGAAAAUGCAGAUCUAAUGAUGGUCAUUGCCGUUGUGCACCUGGUUGGACUGGUACCAAAUGUACUGAGAUCUGCCCAGAAGGGUAUUAUGGCGAUCACUGUAUGGAACCAUGUGACUGUAAGAAUGAUUUCUAUAUUUGUCAUCCUGUUGAAGGUUGUGUCUGCAGACAUGGAUACACAGGUCCAAAUUGUGACGAAGAAUUAUUUUCACGUAACAUUCAAGAGAGGGAUGAAACCGGCUAUGGCGUUAUGGUAGCAGGAUUUUUAUUUGCUGUAAUUAUUGUUAUUGUAAUGAUAUUCGCAGGAUGGGUAUAUCAUCGACGCAGAGUAGCAGAUUUGAAGAACGAAAUUGCACAAGUGCAAUAUAUCGCUGAACCUGCUUCUCCUCCAGAGCAAACUCAGUUUGAUAACCCCGUGUAUGCCUAUCAAGGCUCUUCAAAAUUCGAUGAUGGAACAGCUACUUUAUUGAAUAACUUCCAAUUCAGAAAUAAUCUUGGAACAAGCAAGAAGAUAAAUAAUGAGAAAGCUAAACUUGGAAUGAACAGCUGUACGGAUGAUGAGGAUGAUUGCAAAGGAUCACUUCGAUAUGAUCUAAAGAACAGAGAUGCAGAUAUGGGAAAUCCAAACCUUAAUGUGUACCAUAGCAUCGACGAAAUGGAUGGGAAAAAGAUCGAACAUGUUUACGAUGAAAUCAAGCAAAAUAACGACGAAUCAGAAUACGAUCAGUUAGAUAAUCCAAGACCGGUUAGCGGUUAUAAACAGUACAGUCGAAUGCCAAAUGGUUUCUGCUCGAAAUCGUCGGACAAUGCAGGACCUAGUAGUUUGAAAGAUAAGGACCCAGAACUUGGUGAAAUGUAAAUUUAUCUUAGAUCUCAGGCUGAAUCAUGCAGGUUUAAAACUUUAAUAUUAUAUGUCUUUGAUGUAACUUAAAGAAGCAGAUUUUAAGAAUCUUAUCAUUUUGAAUGAUUAGUCUGUUGAUACCUUUAAAAUUUUCACAUGUUAUUAAUCUGAGUCUUAAGAAAAUCUUCAGAAAACCUUAAAAAACCUCAUAAAAGCAUAAGUAUUUUCAUUUAAAAAAUACAAAUGUAUUUUGAUUGCUCAGUAUAUGCAUGUACAUAGUUUUAUAAUAAUGCUGCGAAUAGUCAAAUGGAUAUUUUAUUUAUAAAAUCGUAUAUUCAUAGUGAUUGUUUAUCCUGAACGUGUUAGGCUGUCUCUUUUCGUAAUAUGAUGUUUACUGAAACUUAUAUGAUAGAACAUCUGAUGCAAUAUUAUUAAUAUGAAUAACAAUUUGAAAUAAGUAAUUGUGCCGUAAACAAUCUUAAAAAAACUUAUUUAAUAGUAAAUUCAGUGCUUUUUUAUUGUUUAUGAUCGAAAAGAUAAUGAUACAAUCUAGAUAGGAAUAGGACGUAUCAAAAUUGUACAAAAGGAUUUGUGAUAUUUACAAGAAUUGUACAAAAUUUAUUACUUAACGUAUCAAAUUUUACUGGAAGAAAUAAAAUGAUAGUUGAUUACUUUUGCAUACGAGCAUGCCUUGUAGUGCCUUGGAAGAAGCAUGCAUUACAAAAUUUAAUAAUAUAGUUUAUUUUCUUUUAUCUUUAUAUACAAAAAAUGUUGGAACCUAGAGAUGCAAUAAUGGAGUUAAAAAUAUCCAGUAUGUCUAAGAUAUCUAUCGUGUCUUGUAAAUUAGAUCAUUUAUAAUGUAAAUUGGCAAAUAAGGUACAAAAUCGUUGUGUAAGUCUGUUUAAGCAAUGAGAAGCCGGUUUCACGAUCUCAAAACAUGCAUAUGAUAUACAUUCAAAUGAUCAUUAAUACUAAAAGAUUUGUCCUUUUUUGUUUCUUUGCAUUUUGUGAAGAGACAUAUCUACGCGGUAUUUAUAUAUGUUUACCACUUCUUAUUUUAAGGACAAUUUAUUUCGUAUAUGUGCAAGAAUAUAUUUGUAAGUAAUUUAGAAACAAACGUAGCAUACUUUUUUUUUAUUAGUAUAGAGUAUCAUCAUACAUUAAGAAAUGCAUAUUUUAUUCGUCUAUACGUAUAUGUUUAUGUAUACACAUACAUACACAUAUAAAUAUACGCUCAUAACAAAUAACAACAGAAAUCUAUUUAAAAAAUCAUUCAUGCGAUAUCGUCAAGUGGAAUCGUAUUUAUAUCUUUUAUAUUAGACAAUAUUCUAUGCCUAUUUUUUAUUUUCCGAGAAAUGUCUAUUUUUACGAUUUUAUAUAUACACUAUUUUUAUUUUUAGAUGAAUUCAGAGAAAACAGAUUGUUGUGAUCAAUAUAAAUACUUUUGUAAAUAUCGUUAAAUUAGGAUGUAACGUAAAAUCAAUAAUUCCUAAAUAUAUGUAUAUUAAUUCCAUAGAAUAUUAUUUUAAUCACGUCUCGUCUCUGCUUUCUCUGUUCAUCACGCGAGAUCUGUAACGAGUGGCUUUAAUUAAGUUCAAAGUAGGCGACGAGAUCCAGUAAAAUCCACCAAGAAAUUGUAAAAGCGCCGCGAAACUCAAACAGAGAUUUGUGUCUGUAAUCAGAAGUUCAUUUCUACAUGAUAAGUUUUAUUGAUCACCCCUACAUUUGUAACUUCUUUUACCGAAAUAAAAUUUUGUUACAAAAAC